AGUUUUGGCUUGGUCGGAGAGUUUUGGAAUAAAAUAUUCGAAAAGGUUAUUUUCUUAUUUUCAAGAAACAGUAUUAUUGUGUAUUAAGGAGCCAAGUUUCUUUAGGAUAUCAUGAUGAUUGCCUUACACUGAAUCCAAAGUGUCCAGGCUAGCAUAAACACUGUGAAAAUGUCACUUUUUUUCGUUAAUGCAUUUUAGUUUUGUUCAUCGAGGAGUUUGAGUUUCGUUAUGGAUUUCUUUGUUAAAUCGAGUCAAGAUAGCGAAGUUGAGGGCGACUCCAAUGGGGAUUUGCAAAUUGCAUCACCUGGGAGCUCGGAAGCUCAACAGGCACUUAACCAAUUUUGGCCAAAAGUCACAGAAGAAAUCAAGAAAAUUACCACGAUGGAUUUGAAAACACAGUCUUUGCCACUUGCAAGGAUAAAAAAAAUUAUGAAACUUGACGAGGAUGUUAAGAUGAUCAGUGCUGAAGCUCCGAUGCUGUUUUCUAAGGCUGCAGAAAUAUUUAUUCAUGAACUAACACUGAGAGCAUGGGUUCACACAGAAGAUAACAAAAGGCGGACACUUCAGAGAAACGAUAUUGCAAUGGCAAUAACUAAAUACGAUCAGUUUGACUUUUUGAUCGAUAUUGUUCCAAGGGAUGAGUUGAAGCAGAGUAAAGCUCAGUCAGAUAACACUGUGAGAACAUCCAUGAACUCGGACCAAGUGCAUUACUAUUUCCAAUUGGCGCAGCAGCAACAAGCAUCAGCCAAUCAAGCUGUACAGAAUAAUGGGGCAGCAUCACAGCCUAUUCAAAUUGUGCAGCCUUCUACUGGACAAAUCCAAACUAUUAAUAUAGGUAGUCCUGUAGAACAAGAAACGACAUCGAGUACGGCCCAGACACUUACAGUACAAAGUCCCCAACAGAAUACAGGUCAACAGGUAAUACAACUGCAACAAACUCAGCAGGCUGCUGCAGCAGCUGGAGGCAUACAAAUACUUCAGCAAGUUGUCACACCCAAUGGAGAAAUCCAGCAGAUUCCCAUUCAACUAACGCCUCAGCAACUGCAAAUGAUCAGGAUGCAAGUUCAAGGAGGUAGCAAUCAACCAAUCAUAAUUCAGGCUUCUCCGAUUCAGGCGCAACCUCAGCUGAUUCAAGUAGCCCAGGGCGGCCAGACGCCAGUUUUUCUGCAAACCAGCGCGGGCGAUAACGAAUAAUGUUAAAUUCCUAGACGUUCUGGGAAAGAAAAACGCGACAUCCGAUCAUCAUCGAAGAUAUGCCCCUGUGAGCUAUGCGAUAUACCGUGAGUAACUAAAACUCGCUUUACUGUUCUAUAGAUAAUAUUUUAAUCGAAAGAAUUCCAACCGCCUCAAGUGUACAUAGAGAAAUGUGAUCUCAAAAAACCAAGGUAUGAAAAUACAGAAUCAUGAAGUCGGCAAAGUGCCUCUUUAAAAGAAA